AUGGAGCCUAUAUCCGACAGUGAGUCGACAGAGUCCAGAUCAAACGGUCCAGUAUGCAAAUGUGGAAAGACAUCAUCAUCUUGGACGUCGUUCACCCUAAGUAAUUUUGGUAGGAGGUUUUUUUCAUGUGUAGAUUACAAGAAACCAGAGGUGAGAUGUGAUUAUUUUAAAUGGCGUGAUCCUGAAAUCUGUGUCUACGGUCAGAGAGUUGUGUCGAGAUUGAGACAUUGGCACGAGAAUCUGAAGGCACUGAAGGCCGAACAUGAACUGAGUCGAAUAAAUAGGUUGGAUGAAGUUGGAAAAUACAAGAAUGAAGUUGAGAAAUGCAGAGCUAAAGUUGAGAAAUGCAGGGCUGAAGUUGAGAAAUGCAAGUUCAAACUACAGAGACAAAAGGAUAAGUUUCGGUCAGUAGAGAGGAAGUACCAAAUUGCAUUGGUCUGUUCAUGGGUGAUGUUGAUGUGGUUGCUGGUAUAUCCUUCGUACAGCAGAGAGUUUCUUCCAUUAAGAAUGAUGUUGCAGUGA